CACGCUGUUGCUGGUGCUGCGGGUAGAGGCGGAGGAGCGGUGGCUGCUGUACAGAGACAGCACGUCAGGCUGGAGCCUCAGCUGUCCGCGGUGCUACUAUUCCCUUCUCCCUCUCCCUGGUUCCGCGGGUGCGUAUCCGUUUCAGCCCUCCCCUCGCGCAGAAAGCAUUCUGUCCCGAUAACAUCGCCUUCAGCCUGCGUUAUGUUGCGAUAGAUCAGGUGAAUGGGGCUCUUAAGGAUUAUGAUGCCGCCCAAGUUGCAGCUGUUGGCGGUACUGACCUUCGGCAUCACCAUGCUCUUUCUGGAGAACCAGAUACAGAAGCUGGAGGAGUCCCGGGGAAAGCUCGAACGAGCAAUUGCGCAGCAUGAGGUACGAGAAAUCGAGCAGCGGCACUCUCUAGAUGGCUCUCGACAAGAGGUGGUGCUCAAUGAGGAUAUUUUGAUUAUUUAUAAUAGAGUCCCUAAGACCGCCAGCACAUCUUUUACAAAUAUUGCCUACGACCUCUGCGCAAAAAACAAGUAUCACGUUCUUCACAUUAACACUACGAAAAAUAAUCCAGUGAUGUCUCUCCAAGAUCAGAUGCGAUUUGUCAAGAAUGUCAGCUCCUGGAACGAGAUGAAACCUGGGUUCUAUCACGGACAUAUUUCCUUUUUGGAUUUCACAAAAUUUGGAAUUAAAAAGAAACCAAUUUAUAUAAAUAUCAUCCGGGAUCCUAUUGAGCGCCUUGUUUCCUACUACUACUUCCUGCGCUUUGGGGAUGACUAUCGGCCUGGGUUACGGAGGAGAAAACAAGGGGACAAAAAGACCUUUGAUGAAUGUGUAGCAGCAGGGGGCUCUGACUGCGCUCCGGAGAAACUAUGGCUCCAGAUUCCGUUCUUCUGUGGCCACAGCUCAGAAUGCUGGAACGUGGGGAGUAAAUGGGCCCUGGACCAAGCCAAGUACAACCUGGUUAAUGAAUACUUUCUUGUGGGCGUCACAGAGGAACUGGAAGACUUCAUUAUGUUGCUAGAAGCAGCCUUACCGCGUUUCUUUAAGGGCGCUACAGAGCUUUAUCGUUCAGGUAAGAAAUCACAUCUCAGAAAAACAACUGAGAAAAAAGCACCUUCGAAAGAAACCACCGCAAAACUCCAACAGUCGGAUAUAUGGAAGAUGGAGAACGAAUUCUACGAGUUUGCACUGGAACAGUUUCAGUUUGUCAGGGCACACGCAGUGCGAGAAAAAGACGGAGAGCUCUAUAUCCUAACACAAAACUUUUUCUAUGAAAAGAUUUACCCAAAGUCAAAUUAAGGACAGUUUAUUCGGUUGGUUUAAUUGACUACACCUUCGUUCAUAAGACUUUAAUUUCAGACUUACGGGCUGGGUUGGUAAUUAUGCCCUUGAGAAUGGCUUAUUGAUAAUUUGAUAUGGUCGUCUUCAAAUGAGCCAUGUCAAAUGUGUGCCACUAAGGAAAUCUGACCUUCAGAUAAUAUCCGUUGAAACCUUCUGUCACACAGUCAUGUUCAUGGGAAGAAAUUUGCUUCACAAUUAAACACUGGACCAUUGUGAAAAGAAAAAAGAAUUAUACACUGUACAGACAAACUAGUUCCUGAGUCCUUUUAUUCAUUCUUUUUAUUUUUAGCACGUGUCACACUUAUUGACAUGUAAAUUUAAUUUGUGUCCAAUCUGAAUCAGUGAUGGUUUCUCAGUAUGUGCUUCUCACUGUCGAAUAUUUAAACACAUUUUGAAAGCUGUGUUGUACAAGCUGCUGUUAAUUCUGCCCAUGAUAAAUUGGUACUUAAAGGGACAUGUCACAAUUAAGAUUUUAUGAUUCAGAUUGAGCAUAAAGUUUAAAAAAAUCUAGUUUACUUCUGUGACUAAGUUUAUUUAGUUUUCUUGAUGUCCUUUGUUGAAGGGAUAUGAAACCCAACAUUUUUUUUUUCGUGAUUCGGAUAGCGCAUACAUUUUUUAACAACUUUCCAAUUUACCUCCGUUCUCAUUUUUGCUUCAUUCUCUUGGUAUCCUUUAUUGAAAGAGUAGCAAUGCACUACUGGGAGGUAGCUAAACACAUCAGUAAGCCUACCUAUGUAUGCUUUUCAACAAAGGAUAUCAGGAGAACAAAGCAAAUUAAAUAAAUUUGGAAAUUUGUUUAAAAUUGUAUGCCCUAAAAUGUGUGUUUCUUGCACCUUUAAAAGAGCAUAGUAGGUUUAGGAUUACACGUGUAUUGGUUAACCAGUAGUGUUUACAACAAUUUUGUGCAUGCUCCAAAGCCAAACUAUGCUUUAGAACAAAGUAUAUCACAACAGCAAAGUAUAUUUAAUAUUAAAAGUAAAUUGUAACUUUUUUUUUUUUAUCACUCUCUAUCUGAAUCAUAACAAUUUAAUUUUUACAUUCAUGUUUCUUUAAUUAAUGUUGUUGUCCUUUUAGUAGCAACAACAAUGUACCCAGCAAAUAAGGCAGUUUUUUUCUGCCCGUUGUCCAGAGAGAUUUAAAGUCUCUACAUUUCAUUGACUUACUAUUGUAAGUGCAAAUUUUAUAUUAGCUGGUUUUGCUUUUUUCUGUAUAUUGCAAUGUUUAUUCAAUGCAUUGCAAGCCCAAAUGAUGAGCUGUGGUAAUAGGGUUUCCUACUCCAUAAUUUUACCUGUAGAAUAUUUUUUACUAAAGUGCUUUGUAAUGUGUUUUAAAUAUUAGCAAACGGAAUAAAAAAAGCUGUAAUUAAUGCA